CUUGCUGUGUGCACUUAAACAAAUAGUUACGUUGUGAUUUUUUCAUUUUAUUCUUAAUUUAUCAAAUUUUAAAUUGUUUUAUAUAAAAAAAAUUAAAUUGUUGUGUUUUGAUUUUAAUGAAGUAAAAGUGAAAUUACCGGAAAAUCGCCAAUUCAUUAUUGUGCGUCAAUUGAAUAAAAUGAAAAGAACUGGACUUUAGAAAAUAUAUAUUUUUAGACAUUUUUCCUCGUAUUUAUAAUCCAAUCCAAACAUUUCAUUUUACUGAUCAGACAAUGGAUUUUGACAAUAUCUUGGAUGAAAUCGGUGAAUUUGGGAAGUUUCAAUUGAAAAAUUACAUUCUCGUAUGCCUCCCAGUAUUUUAUGCAGCAGCAAAUUCAUUAUCUUAUGUAUUUACGUCGCGUGCUCCAAAUUACAGAUGCUCCGUACCACAGUGUGAAAAUUCUGAUGACACAUACUACAAUCAAGAGUGGAUAAAAGAUGUAUUGCCUGGAUCAGUUUCAGAUACGACGGGAAAAUUCAUUCCAGAACAAUGUUUUCAAUAUGGCUUAAAAGAUAAUAUCAAUGAGACUCUACCGUCAGAAAAUAACACUUGCCUCGGGUUAUGGUUUGAUAGUGAAGUAAAAACGCGAUGUAAUGAAUGGAUUUUUGAUGAACAUGAGACGACAAUUGUUAAUGAUUGGCCCAAUUUUUUGACUUGUUCGGAAAAUCAAUGGAAAUUAGCUUUGGUCGGAUCAGUUCAUUUCUUUGGCAUCAUGAUGGGAUCUGGAGUUUUUGGUGUUAUAGCUGAUUCGUAUGGACGGAAGAAGGUUUUUAUUGUGGCUAUAGUUUUCAUGUCAAUAACUGGAGUGGGUCAGGGACUCUCAAACUCCUACAUGAUGUUUAUAAUUUUUGCAUUCCUUAAUGCUGUUGGAACGUCUGGAGUAUAUCCACUAGCUUUUGUGUUGGGUGUGGAAAUGGUUGGAAAGAAUAAGCGCGAAAUGUCAGGUGUUGUGCUGAAUUAUUUCUAUUCAUUUGGUGAAGCUCUAGUUGGGAUUAUCGCAUGGAUUGAUAAUGACUGGAGAAAUCUACAAUUUUGGGUGUCAAUUCCACCUAUUCUAUUCAUAUUCUAUUAUUGGUUAAUACCUGAAUCAGCACGAUGGCUUCUUGCUAAACAAAGAAAUCGCAAAGCUUUCAAAAUCAUCAAAAAAGCUGCUGCGGACAACAAUAAAGAAAUUUCACAAAGCAUUCUUGACAGAUUCAAUCCAAAUAACUCAAAUGACGACGAACGUGAAAAGAAUUUAUGUGACGACGCAACAAAUGUUGAUGAAGAAGGUGUUAAGGUUUACUUAAAGCUGAUUAAGUCUAGAGUGCUUUUAAUUCGCUGCCUUAUUUUGUUCUUCGUAUGGGGUACAAAUGCUUUUGUAUAUUAUGGGCUAUCGUUAAACUCUGUGAAUUUAAGUGGCAAUAUUUAUCUAAACUUCAUACUUGGAUGCCUAAUUGAAAUCCCCGGGAACACUAUAGCGUGGAUAAUCAUGAAUAAAAUUGGAAGAAAAUAUUCAUUAGUAGCAUCAUUUCUUUUAUGUGGAGUAACCUGCACGGCAAGUGCUUUUGUGCCUGAAAAAAUAUUUGGAAUUCAAAUUUUCCUGUUUCUUGUUGGCAAAAUGGCAAUCACGUCAUCAUUUGCCAUCGUCUUCGUCUAUUCAGCGGAGGUAAUGCCAACCGUCAUUAGAAGUGGAGGUGUCGGAGCUUUUUCAACAUUUUCAAGAUUAGGAGCACUUUUGGCACCAUUUGUUCCAUUACUUAAAUUUAUUUUUGACUUCUUGCCACUUUUAAUUUUUGGAGUUUUUGCAUUCGUUGCUGGCAUUUUAUCGAUAUCACUGCCUGAAACUCUUGGCAAAAAGCUGCCAGAUUCUUUUGAGGAAGCUGAGAAUAUCUAAUAGGAAAUGGAACUAGAUACACUGCUUUAUUUUAUCCUUUUUCUAUUCAAGGAAAUGAGAUUUCAAUUUCUUAUUGAUUAAACUAGAAAAGUAUUCAUUUCAUGAAUCACAUUGUAGCUCUAAGGUGACUUUAUACAUAGGUUGUAAAAUGAUCUUUUAUUGUAUUGAUAUAAAAUGGAACUAAAGGUUGCAAAGAGGAAGCAAAUCAGUGACAAAAUGAUGGAAAUUUCAUUGAAUUUCUAUUAAAUUUGUCAUUUAAAUGAGCUGGCUUAGCAAUCUAUUGGUUUCAGGACCAAUUUGUUUAGAUUAGAUAAUACUUGAUUUAGAUAAUGACUUGUUAUCUUUACAAGUAUAGAUUAUUAUGUAUUAAAAAGUAUUUUUUUUUGUUCAAAUACAAAUGUUUAAUAUCUUGAUUUUGUAGAUCGAAUUUAAAAGCAUGAUAUUAAUUUUUCGGUUCUGCUAAUAAUCUGCAUGUACUUAAUAUGUAAAUAUAAUCAUUAAGAACUGUUAAUAAAGUUGUUAAGUUUUUACUAGGCG